UUUUUGUAAUUAGUUGCUCUAGCUCGCAGUCAACUCGCAGCCACCACAAGAAAUAUAAAAUAUAUUGCCCUUCUCCGACAAAGCGAACAAAAAUUGUGUGAGCUUUUGAGCAAGCCUAUAAUAAAUAUAACUAAUCAAAUCACCGUUAGGCAUCCCUUGAUUUAUUCAACGUUCCAGAGGAGACAACAACAAAACCCAAUAGACUAGUAUUGCCUAGUAAUUACGCAAAAAUUCCAUCACCCACACAGACGCACGACCGACCUGCAGAAAGAAACGGAAAGUGAAGUAAAAUACAUACAUAUAUAGAAAAGAAAAAGAGCGCAAAAAUGACUUCCGAUAUCGCCAUGCAAUUGAUUGCCAUUUUGGAGAAGACGGUGUCGCCAGACAAAAAUGAAUUGCUAUCGGCGAAGAACUUUUUGGAGCAGGCGGCGGCCAGCAAUCUGCCCGAGUUCCUCAAGGCGCUGUCCGAGAUCCUGGUGAACACGACAAACAGCGCAGUGGCCCGCAUGGCAGCCGGUCUCCAGCUGAAGAAUCACCUGACCAGCAAAGAUGAGAAGAUCAGCCAACAGUACCAGGAGCGCUGGCAUCAGUUUCCCAGCGAAAUUCGCGAACUGAUCAAGAAUAACAUCCUGGCCGCUUUGGGUACCGAGAACACGCGUCCCUCCUGCGCCGCCCAGUGCGUGGCCUAUGUAGCCGUGAUCGAGCUGCCGAUGAACCGCUGGGCCAUGCUCAUCACGACACUGGUCAACAAGGUGGUCAGCGAGGUGUCCAGCGAGAUGCAUCGUGAGGCGGCACUGGAGGCAAUUGGCUACAUUUGCCAGGACAUUCGCUUCGGGGUGCUGGAGAACCAGUCCAACGAUGUUCUCACUGCCAUCAUUCAUGGCAUGAGAAAGUUGGAGCCGAGCAAUCAUGUCCGUUUGGCGGCCACCACGGCCCUGCACAAUUCGCUAGAGUUCACCAAGUCGAACUUUGAGAAGGACAUGGAGCGCAACUUCAUCAUGGAGGUGGUGUGCGAGGCUACUCAGUGCCAGGAUUCGCAAAUCUGUGUGGCUGCUCUGCAGUGUCUGGUGAAGGUUAUGACCCUUUACUACCAGUUCAUGGAACCCUACAUGGCGCAGGCCCUAUUUCCGAUCACUUUGGCGGCCAUGAAGUCUGAAAACGAUGCGGUGGCCCUGCAGGGCAUUGAGUUCUGGUCGAACGUCUGCGACGAAGAGAUCGACCUGGCCAUUGAGAGUCAGGAGGCCACGGAUCAGGGCCGAGCUCCGCAGAGGGUAUCCAAGCAUUAUGCUCGUGGUGCGCUGCAAUUCCUUACGCCCGUGCUCGUCGAGAAGCUGACCAAACAGGAUGAGUGCGAUGACGAGGACACCUGGAGCCCGGCGAAGGCCUCCUCCGUUUGCCUCAUGGUGCUGGCCACCUGCUGCGAGGAUGAGAUCGUGCCGCAUGUGCUGCCCUUCAUCAAGGAGAACAUCGAGUCCCCCAACUGGCGCUACCGUGACGCGGCAGUGAUGACAUUCGGCUCGGUGCUAAAUGGAUUGGAGACCAACACGCUGAAGCCGCUCGUGGAGCAGGCCAUGCCCACGCUCAUUCGACUGAUGUAUGACUCCAGCGUGAUUGUGCGCGACACCACGGCUUGGACCUUCGGACGCAUCUGCGAUAUCAUUCCUGAAGCGGCCAUCAACAAGACAUAUCUCCAGACUCUGCUUGAGUGCUUCGUAAAGAGUUUAAAGUCGGAGCCCCGUGUGGCGGCCAACGUAUGCUGGGCCUUCAUUGGUCUAUCGGAUGCCGCCUAUGAGGCAGCGGUCACCACCGAGGGCGAGACACCGGAGACCUACGCCCUGUCGCCGUACUUUGAGUACAUCAUUACGCAGCUGCUGGAGACCACGGAUCGUUCAGAUGGAGCUCAGGCCAAUUUGAGGGGAGCUGCCUAUGAAGCACUCAUGGAUAUGAUCAAGAACUCGCCUCUAGAUUGCUAUUUGGUGGUGCAGCGCACCACAUUGGUGAUACUGGAGCGUUUGAAUCAGGUUAUGCAGAUGGAAACGCAAAUCAACAACCACAGCGAUCGGCAUCAGUUCAACGACUUGCAAUCGCUUCUCUGCGCCACUCUGCAAAGUGUUUUGCGAAAGGUCCACGAGCAGGAUGCCCCGCAAAUUUCCGAUGCUAUCAUGACCGCCCUGCUGACCAUGUUCAAUUCGAGCGCCGGGAAAUCUGGUGGUGUGCAGGAGGAUGCCUUCCUUGCUGUUUCCACACUGGUGGAACUUUUGGGUGUACAGUUUGCCAAGUACAUGCCCGCCUUCAAGGACUUCCUAGUCAUGGGCCUGAAGAAUCACCAGGAGUACCAGGUCUGCUGUGCUUCGGUCGGCCUCACGGGGGACAUAUUCCGCGCCCUUAAGGAGCUCAUGGUGCCCUACUCCGAUGAGAUAAUGUCGGUGUUGAUGAACAACCUGGCAGAGCCGACUCUGCAUCGCAGCGUUAAGCCACAGAUCCUGUCUGCCUUCGGGGACAUAGCCUUGAGCAUUGGUAGCCACUUCCUUAAUUAUCUGAGCGUGGUCCUAGAUAUGCUGCGUGCCGCAUCCAACCUGCAGACGGACGCAAAUAAUUUUGACAUGAACGAGUACAUCAAUGAACUGCGUGAGAGCGUACUCGAAGCCUACACUGGCAUCAUUCAGGGCCUCAAGGGCGUGGAUCAGACGGCUCAUCCCGAUGUGGUACACAUGGAGCCACAUUUAAUGCACAUUAUUUCCUUUAUCAAGCGCAUCGCUCAGGAGGGCGACGUUUCCGACUCGAUGAUGGCCAGUGCCGCCGGCUUCAUUGGCGAUCUGUGCACCUCGUUUGGACCACGUCUGUACCCGCUGCUGGAUGAUUCGGUCAUUUCCACCUUCCUUGCCGAUGGCAAGCGCUCCAAGGGCCAGCGCACCAAAAUGCUGUGCACUUGGGCCGUCAAGGAGAUUAAGAAGAUCAAUAGCCAGGUUAUCACGCAGUAGAUCCCCAGCUAGAGGUUAAUGUUUCCCUGCUUUCCACCAGACCCUCAAGAUUGUAUGUUAUGCAGCCAAACUGUCCAGUCCGAAUUCUCUGAUAAAAAGAUUCUAUCUGCUAAGUUUGUUUGUCCGAUCUAUUGUUGCUGUGCAACGUGUAAAUGCUAAGACAAAUUGUUUAUAAAAACCCAAUAGCUUUAAGUCCAAAACCGAACCUUUGUUUCGACCAACUAUUUUAAUUAAGGUCUGUUGAUUAUCGUGUGAGUUUAUUUAUCCUUUAUCUAUCCAUUGUCCUCGCUCGGAAACGCAAACCCAAAUUAAGGCGGCCCAUUGACUAAAACAUUGAUAAAUAUCUAUUCAUGGAAUUUAUGACAUUUUGUAAAAACUCCGGCUAUAAGGGCAGCCUUGGUUUGGGAUUGCUCUGGAAACCGGCGAUUUAGUAGCCCGAUUUUAAGCAUUACCAAAAACGCUAAAGCUAGCUGUUAUUAAAAAUUAUGUGAAAUUAAAAUUUAAUUGUAAAAAUCGGUAGAAAAAAAUUGCUUUAAAAGUAGAACACAUUAAAUGCAUUGCACCACUUUGGAAACAUUAACUUGUAGCGGCUGUAAGACCCACACUUUAAGUUAUAAGAACUAAUGUAUCUAUCCUACAAUCCUCACUAGCCCAACAAAAAAAACAAACAAAAAUAUAUAUAAAAUAAGAAUGAAUGUCUUGAGUGUGAACCGAAUGUGAUGGAAUGAAACAUAUGGCUGAGAGCGAGUAUGUAUAUCUAAAAGUCAGCAUGCCUGUUGUCCGUCACCUUACCUUACCUUACCUUACCCCUUUAUGCCUAUAGUUAUGCUGUGAUGAUGAAUGCUUGAGAGAAACUCUGGGAAAAUGAUAUUACGUGACUGCGAGAAGAAACCCCACGAAAAUGGAUGAAGAUUUCCUUUUUGUUUGGCGCGCGUGUGUAUCAUCGGCGUGUUGUGUGAUAUUAUGAAUUAAGCGCAAGAAUUUGUCUAGUGAAACGAAACGAAUGAUUUUAGACGUAAGCAAAGCAGAAAAUCAAAAAGAUUUUAAACGGAUUUGAAUUUAAAUUUACUACAAGCAAACGAAACGAAUCUAAAUGUAAAACAACACUUAAAGACGACUGAGAAACCAACCUAGCAACUAAAAAACGAAUUACGAAAUGACUUAGGGACGUACAAAGGCGUGGGCGUGGCUGUUUUGAAAACUAGCUCCAAAAAUCCAUUAAAUCCAUAAAACAACAGCGAAACGUUAUCCAGAAUAAAAACCAAUACCAAUUAAAGCAGUCACGCUCAAGCCCACAAAGGCAUGAAAUUAUUUUAUUUUUUGUGUAUACAAUUAAGUGUGCUCUCAUUAAUUCCAACCAAUGACGCUUAAUUUGGCUCUCACUUUAUUUUAUGUUUUUACUUGAAAUAAAAUGGGGUGAAAAGCAACGAGAAAAACAAACAAAACAGCAAAAACAACAACCAAGCAACUACCUGCAGCACAUACAACACAUGUAUAAUUAAUAUAUAUAUAUUAGGUAAACGCAACAUACUAAAACUAAUACGCAACGGACCAGGGUAUACAACAAAAAAUAAAUAAAUAAUUCACAGGGGAGCUAGAAAAACAAAUUAUUGCUUUCAAAUCGAGUGUCUUAAAAAAUUGUAUUUCGAAAAUUCGAUCAAAACUGUUUUCACAACACCUUUUGCAACCCUAGAAAAAGGGAUUUCAAAUAUUAAAAAAAAAAAUUCUGGCCCCCUAAAAACCAUAAUUUACAUAGAGAUGUAGGACGCGCUUAAAGACACAACAUGACAGCUUAAUAGGACAAAACAACGACACAUACUUCAUUUAGUUAUUUUAUCAUAUACGGAACCAUACAAAAACCAUACAAACAUAACCAGAAACUACCUUACGAAAAAGACGCGACUGUGAACGAUGAAAAGUAAAUAGAGGAUAAAAAGAAAGUCGAAACUAACCGUUUAAAAUCUUUUCACAACAUUCAAACUGCAAGUGAAAAUCGGAAUGAAGUGAACUAUUGUGAACUACUUUAGAUAUAAGACCACAUAUAAUACGAAUACUGUUAAAAAAAAUGUCAAAACUAUAACCAAGAAUUCGUUAAACUAAGCUUAAAUCACGUUUUUGAACUUUUUUCAAUGAAUUCUCUAAAUCAAGAAGUUGUCAUUUCAAAAACAAAAAAAACUUUCAUUGGUAGUAUUUAUCUCUUUUUUUCAAUAAAGUAUCGCACAGCCGUCCAAGAGAAAGAAGUUAUAUUAAAUAAACAAAAAUGACAUAUGAUUUUAUCAAAUUUGAACAUAUCAAAAAUUCGAAUUUUGAAAUGGCAACUUGCGCAUACAAAGGAAACAUGAAAUUGCCAAAAUUAAUUAGAUUAACAUUAAUAUUAGCUAUGAAUGAUCGGAUGCGGAUGAUGAAGAUGAAUGACUCUGAAUCUUUGGAAAUCGAGAGCUGAGCCACGCCUAAAGGAACAUGAACGUUUAUGGCUGUGCUGUGCGAAAUGUGUGUUGAUUGAGUAUGAAGCUUGGUGCUGAUUAUUAUGAUGAUGACACUUGUGCAUUGUAUGAUGAUGAUGAUGAGAUGAUGAAUUAUGUGAUGAUUGACAAUGGUUGUUUAUGAGAGUGACUGGAUGAUUGGAGAAGUAUAUCUAGAAGAAAUCACCAACAAACUAAUACAAGACAAGACACUCAAAUCAUUUAGCACAAAUUUCUACCUUUUAUACAUACAUUUCCAACUUUUAUAAACAGUAGGAGUGCGUGAAACUGUGACUGAGCAAAUUUGUAUGUUACCAUUCCAAAACAAACACACAAAAAAGCAAAUAUAAAAUCAUUCAAAUUGAGGGACUAUUGAGUUUGUUUCAUCUAGCUUGUUAAGAAAUGAUUUCAUGUCACUAGAGAGUAAGUGAGUAAAAAGUAUGGUAAACGGUUGAAAAGCAAGCUUCAAUAAAAAAAAAUGCAUGGUGGACCCACUUUUUGGACUCGCCACUGUGUAAACUAAAGGGUUUUCAACGGGCUUGCCUUUCAACCCUUGCCUUGUGUUCGAGUGGUCGUCGUCUGAUAUAAGAUUAAACAAAAAAAAAAUAAACUUAAACCGCAACUGUAACUUUGCCUGUGAUUCGAUCAUCUGUAUGAAGUGUGUGCUGUAUGAGUCUUGUGUGGAUAUAUAUAAAAUGUAAGAGAAAGCACCCCGCGCAGCAGAGAAAUGAUAUUUUUUUGUAAAGGAUUUAAAGGAUUACAAAAAAAAAAAAAAAAAAAAUGCACAACUGCAAGUGUGAACUACAUACACAUAAAUUGAAAAGUAACAUAUGGUACUGAUUUUAUACUGAGAACUGAGACUUACUAUAUAUACAUACAACAUACAACAUACACCAACACAACCUACCACUUACUUAAGGACUUACAAGGAUUACGAUUACUUUACGCGGGACUUUACACUACACUACUACUAGAACAAUACUACAACAAAAACACCAAAACGCAAACUAGUGAAAUUUACAUCUCCACACUACAAACAACUCAUUACCAACACCCACGUACAUAUGUAUGAACAUUAUAAUCAAUUAUAUUAAAUAUAAAAAUAAAAAAAAAAACCAAAUUGGUAACGCUGACGCGCGGUGCUUUAGCCGAAUUAAAUCUAGUAUAUGUGCUACUCGGUAUGCUAGUUAAUCCUAAUUUAGUCAGUAAGUAGGAAUGCGCGAGAGAACAUUUGACCCACGAUUGCGAUAGGAGAGAAUCAAUUAUGUUACGUUAUAUAGUAUGCUGUAUUAUCCAAUUACUAAAAACAAAAAAAAACAAAAAAUCCCCCCCUCUGAUUAUCAAAGUGCGGCCUAAUUGUUCCGAAACAAAUUGUAUGACUGAUAGUUUGUACGCGAAAUUUUAGCAAAUGUAAAAUGUGUAUGUGUGCAAGAGCGAGAAUAAAAGAAUUUUUGAAUGCAAGAGCAACAAAA